GUCGGCCCGCGCUGCGCCCUCGCCGACCGUAGCCACAGAAACAGUAUAUUUCCGGGAGGGGCGAGUUGAGGGGAUUAACUGCUGUGUAUGCUGGUCAUGGCCGGACCUCGAUCCUGAAAAAUCCUCAACUCAGCCAAGGCUGGUGCUGAGACGAAACUGAACGUACCUCUUUCUGAGUGAAGCAUCUGAAUGUGAUGAAGAUGCCGUUCGGUAUAAAGCGCUUCACCAUUCACCGGAGCUCCAGCCUCCCGACUCAUGGGGGUUCCAAGAAAGAGCCUUCGGAACCCUCGAAGGCCUCCUCCAAGAAGGGCACCCAGACGGAUAAGAAGGCCACUUCCCGCCCCCGCGGACUGCCCACCUCGCAGUCCGUAGACACGGCUGAUCUCAGGAGGUACAACAACCAGGAAGGAGUUCCGGAGGAAAGGGUGCCGCCGCUACCCCCACACGACAGAUCCCGUCAGUUCGAUUACGAUCCCCGUAAGUACGCCACUGGUGAAGAAAGAGGCCCCCGGUGGCGCAGCUCAGCGAAGGAUAGGGGGCCCCGGCUGCCUGGGGAUGUUGGCCCGGAAGUUCGAAGAUAUAUGGUUCGCAGAAAUGGAGUGCGGUUUCAAGAGAACGAUUGGAAUGCCGAAGAGAGUCAGUCCACAAGCAGCAGCAGCGGAGGUGGAGAUAGAACAUCCAGAGAUUACUGGGAGGAGAACACAACCCCAAAAACUCCUGGAAGAGAUAGAGAUCGAUCGGCAGCGACGUCCCCUAGAUGGCGCUGCAGUCGUCGUCGCCAACCCCAUCCCCUCCCCUCUCCACCAAUGGGACCACCGUCUCUCCGCAGCCGGACCGCAGCAAGCGGAAACGGUGAGCCCCGGGGUAGUGAAUUUCGCGGUCCGGAAUUCCUUCAUGGUUCGAAAGUGAGGAUAUCGUCUGCGGAGGAGUGGACUGAAAGGGUUUACAGGGGCGAGCCAGUAAACAUGGCCCGCCGCAAUGUAGAAUGA